AAGGAAAGCAGCAGAAUGCCCGCCGGCAUUGCGAAGACCCCGAUCGGCGGCCGGACGAAGGAGGCGCCGGUGGCCAAGUCCGCGGAGAGAACUUCCAGCGGUGGCAAGAAGUUUGUGCAGACGCGUCUGCCGUUCAAGUUGUUGACUCCAGGUGGGACAUCCUCCUCUUCCGCCGCCGCCCCAUCCUCCUCCUCCUCCUCCUCCGCCACCACCACUGUGAUCCUGGACGAGGAGGAGCCCGCUCCACGCAAGCGGAAGCUCUCCUACGGCGAGGAGGCGCCUCUGGAGGAGCUGCGCCGCUCGAACAGCAAGGAGAACCUCGAUUUGGCCAGCUCCAAGGCCACCAAGAAGGUCAAGACCACCGAUUCUUUGGCGGAGGACGUCAUCGAGCUGGAUGACGAUGAUGAAGAUGAGGCUGCUGCUCCGGUUGACGAGGCGAUGGAGGAGGUGGUUAAGACAAAACCCAAGAAAAUGGAGCCCAAGAAAGCGUCGCCAGCGCCGCCCAUUCAAAUCAAGCUGCCGCUGGUGAACAAACGAUCGAAGCGCAGGAAAUCGCUGAAGAAAUCCGAGGAAUCCCUGGACACUUCGGCCAAGGAGGCGACCAAGGAGGCGGCCAGCGAGUCCAGCGAUGAUAUAGAGGCACUGGCCGAGGAGCUCAACCCGCAGAAGAAGCAGAAGGUGCAGAAAGCUGCAGAGAAAUCCCCUCAGAAGAGUCCCGAAAGCAAGAAAACCGAGGAAGAGGAGCAGGAGUUCACCCAAAAGGGAGAAAAGGAGUCCAAGAAGCAGGAGGAGCCAAAGAAGACGACCAGGGAAUCAAAGAAGGAAGAGACCAAGGCCACAGAGCCCCAGAAGAAGAACGAUCAGUCCACCAUAGAUCUCUUUAUAGCCAAGAAGGUGGAGAAGCAGGAUUCCCAGCCGAAGGAAGCCCCUCAGAAAGACGCCAUCAAAGCCCAGGGAAAACCCAAGAAGGCGGAACCCAAAGCAGCGGAAAAGAGCAGGAAAGAAGACCCCAAGUCGCAGCCGCAGAAAGAGAAAGAAGAAAAAGAUUCAGCCAGCAAGAAGAAACCAACGGAAAAGAAAGCCGAAGAAUCCCCGGACCCCGCUGAAAUCUCGGUGAUCCUCUCGAGCAGCGAGGACAACAGCUCGAGCAGCGAGCACGAGAUGGAUGUGGACACGGACACGGUGCCCAAGGAGGCUCUCCACCACCGGAAGAGCCUGCCCGCCGAAACCAGCGAUGUGCAGAAGGCUCUAACGCCCAAGCAGCAGCGGCUGCUGGAGCAGCGCAAGAAGGCGCGCGAGGAGAAGGAGCAGAAGCUAGCCGAGGAGCGGCGCCACAAGCAGCUGGAGAAGGAGCAGCGCGAGCAGCAGAAGAAGCAAGAGCGCGAUGAGAAGGAGCAGCAGCGAAAGCUUGAGAAGGAUCAGAAGGAGCAGCAGCGGAAGCAGGAGCGCGAGGAGAAGGAGCGGAAGCGGCAGGCGGAGGUGGACACGAAGAACGAGGAGAAGCGCAAGCGCAACGAGGCCAAGGAGGAGGUGCAGCGCAAGAAGGACGAGGAGCGGCGCAAGAAGGAGCAGGAGCGCGAGGAGGCGGAGCAGAAAAAGAAGCGGGCGGCGGAGUCCUUUACCAAGUUCUUUGUGCCCAAGCAGAUCAAGUCGGGAGGCAACGUUGGAGGAUCCCUCAACACAUCCUAUCUGGAGCACGAGCAGAGCAGCUGCGACAGCUCCAAAACCAGCAGUCAAACGCUGGCCUUUCGCCCGUUCCAAGUGAAGGACGACAUGCUGCUGGCGCCCAUUGUGCGCAAUUCGCUGGCUGAGGAGCAGCGCUCCCAGCUGGACAACCUCUUCAGGCGUCGCGAUGAGGAAGAUGAGGAUGAGGAGGAAGAGGAGGACAUUGUCAGGAGGAAGCCCCCUAAUCGAGCCCAUCUCUACCUCAGCGAACUGAGCAGUGGGCGAAGGGAGCCGCUCAAGAUGCAGCGCGAUGCCCGCCUACAAAGGCGCACCAAGGAUGAGGAGGAGGAGGACGAGGUCCAAGUGAUAGAUGAUCUGUCCAAUGCCGGCCUGCCCAUCGAGGAGGAGCAGCCCAAGCAGCUGGCCAGGAUGCGGGCCAAGUAUCUGCAGUUUGCGGACAACCGCAGGCCAGCCUACUACGGCACCUGGCGCAAGAAGAGCUUGAGUAUCUCCGCUCGUCGCCCGCUGGCCCAGGAUAAGCUACACUUCGACUACGAACUGGACUCGGAUUGCGAGUGGGAGGAGGAGGAGCCCGGCGAAUCGCUGAGCGCCAGCGAGGAUGAGAAGGAGCGCGAGUCGGAGGAGGAGUCCGAGGAGGAGUACAACGAAUGGUAUGUGCCGCAUGGCCAUCUCAGCGACGAGGAGCUGCAGAACGAUGGGGAAAUGGACGAGGGGCAUACGCGGGAGGCGCAGAAGGCCAAGCUGCAGGUGCUGCAGCAGGAAUUCGCCCAGGAGAUGAAGAAGCAGACGAAGAAGAUCAAGCCGCGACUCCUGGGACCCGUUUGGCUGGACGAGAAUGGCAACAAGUCGCAGCUGUUUCCUGCCAUCUUUGCCCACACCAUCGACAUGUAUGCCUGCUGGCAGCUGGAGGAGCCGCUUAGCCUGGAGCCUCCACCGGAAACGGAGCGCGAGGAUCAGCCGGGCGAGCAGCCAGUCCAACUACACCUAGACGAACGCCUCAUGCAGCAGCUGGUGCGUUUGACCCACGGCAAUCGCAACUCGAAGAUGUUCCUGAUCAACGAGUAUUUAGAGUACCUGAAAUCCCAGGCAGCCAACGCCGCCGCCACCGUGCUGCCCUCGAAGGCUGUGCUGCGCGAGAAGUUCGAUGAGCUGGCCAGCUGGAAGACCGUGGAGAUGGGCACACCAGAAGCUGCUAAUCCUGCCGCGAGCAGCGCCAAGAAAUCGAAGAAGCCGAAGAAGCGCCUCUGCUGGGUGGUGGCCAGCGAAAUGCUGGACAAGUUUCAGCUGCCCGAGUUGCCGCUGCAGAAUCAGUGGGACUAUACGCUCACCCCAAAGAUCAGCGAGGGUGGGGAUGCCGCCCAGCAGCAGCACGAGCAGAGUCCGCCGGGGGAAGUGGAAGGUGCCGCCGCUGCCUCGCCUGUUGUAGCGACACCCACAACGCCAGUUAGUGGACAGGAGACGGCAGCCAAGGGAGCCAAAAAGCGGGCCACGCUGAUCAUGUCCGUGCCCAGGGAUCAGCCCAUACACACGGCCACCAAGAACAAGCUGAUCAGCCAGUUUCUGCGACGCCAGAGCGAUGCAGCCAGCAAUUCCGGCCAACAAAAGGAAAAGGAAAAGAAGCCACCCGUCGUCGCAGUCAGCGAUGAUGUGGUGAUGCUCUCGGACUAGAUUAGGAUAGGCUUAGGAUAGAUAGAUAACUUCCAAGAGAGAAACCUUCCUGCUAGGCGUGUGUAUUCAAAAUAUUCAAAAUAUCCAAAACAUUUUUUUCAUUCGUUGUAAGUUGAUUUAAUUUUUAAUGUUCUCCCCGAUGUACGUUCGACUUGUAUGUCCUCCCCAAGCAUUAAGCAUCCUC